UUUAAUAUCACUAGUCAAAGUAAAAAUAAAGUUAGACAUGUACAACUCAGUGUCACCACCAAUAGUAGUUAACCCAAUUGUUUCUUCGCUAUAUUAACUCGUUCACCCAACACAGAUUCAAUAUCAGUUGGUCUAGGCUUCCAUAGUUUCAUAUACUUCUGUGCAUUCGUUAGGGGAACAAUGAUCAACUUAAUGGCUCAUCAUGAUACUUCAAGUCUAGUUGGGAAACUAGUAUUUGAAUUGGAGGUUGAUUGCGAUGCUGACAAAUAUUAUAAAAUUUAUAAGCACGCAGAAGAUGUACAAACGGUAGCUCCUCAUCUUUACGCCGGAGUAAAAGUUAUCCAUGGGGAAGCAAGCCGUUCCGGUUGUAUCAAGGAAUGGAAUUGUAUCCUUGAGGAGGAAACAACACAUAAUGAUGAAACAAGGACGUUGCAUCACCGUAUAUUUGAAGGAGACUUGAUGAAGGAUUACAAGAAGUUUGAUUCGAUAAUUGAAGUCAAACCAAAGCCAAAUGGAAAUGGAUGUGUUGUGAUACGGUCAUUUGUGUAUGAGAAAAUCAACGAGGAUUCUCCAACUCCAUCUGCUUAUCUACCUUUUUGCCAUCAGGCCACUGAAGUCAUGAACAAACACCUAUGCGGUUCUAAUUAAAUGAUUGAUGCAAUCCAAACAUGAACCCCUUACGUAGAACAUACGUUUUAAUCA